AUGCAUGAAGUCCUGCAGGUGGCGUUUUAUUGUGAAAGUCCAGACCGGAUGUGGCUCUGUGUCAUCGCUGAUCCGAGCUGUAGGAAGCACCACGGGAGGAACAACUCCACUCCAGAGCCCAAAAUGAGCGACAAAGGUCUGUCUGACGAAGCUGCAGCGGCGGCCUGUCAUGAAGGGAACGCGAUUACUAAGGAUUUCAUGAUGCAGCAGACGAUGCUUCGAGUUAAAGAUCCAGUCAAAUCUUUGGAUUUUUACACCAGAAUUCUCGGCAUGACGCUCCUGCAAAAGUUCGACUUCCCCGCAAUGCGCUUCUCCCUCUUCUUUCUGGGCUACGAGGACCCGAAGGAGAUUCCCACCGACGUGUCCGACCGCACGGGCUGGACGUUCUCCAGACGAGCCACCAUCGAACUCACGCACAAUUGGGGGUCGGAAACUGAUGAGACAAUUACUUAUCACAACGGAAAUUCAGACCCACGAGGCUUUGGUCACAUAGGAAUCGCUGUCCCAGAUGUAUAUGCCGCUUGUAAAUUGUUUGAGGAACGAGACGUGAAAUUUGUGAAGAAGCCCGAUGAAGGUAAAAUGUCUGGUCUGGCUUUCAUUCAGGAUCCCGAUGGUUAUUGGAUUGAGAUCCUCAGUCCUAACAAUAUGGCAAAAAUAGUUGACACGGGCAUAACAAUUGGGAAGAAACUGGAGGAGCACAGGAGGAGGGAGGAGCACAGGAGGAGCACAGGAGAGGAGCACAGGAGACAGGAGAGGAGCACAGGAGGAGCACAGGAGGAGCACAGGAGAGGACAGGAGAGGAGCACAGGAGGAGCACAGGAGAGGAGCACAGGAGGAGCACAGGAGAGGAGCACAGGAGAGGAGCACAGGAGGAGCACAGGAGAGGAGCACAGGAGAGGAGCAAGGAGGAGCACAGGAGAGGAGCACAGGAGAGGAGCACAGGAGGAGCACAGGAGAGGAGCACAGGAGAGGAGCACAGGAGAGGAGCACAGGAGAGGAGCACAGGAGAGGAGCACAGGAGAGGAGCACAGGAGAGGAGCACAGGAGAGGGCACAGGAGAGGAGCACAGGAGAGGAGCACAGGAGAGGAGCACAGGAGAGGGCACAGGAGAGGGCACAGGAGAGGGCACAGGAGGAGCACAGGAGAGGAGCACAGGAGGAGCACAGGAGAGGAGCCAGGGAGGAGCACAGGAGAGGAGCACAGGAGGAGCACAGGAGGAGCACAGGAGAGAGCACAGGAGAGAGCACAGGAGGAGCACAGGAGAGGAGCACAGGAGAGAGCACAGGAGAGGAGCACAGGAGAGGAGCACAGGAGGAGCACAGGAGGGAGCACAGGAGAGGAGCACAGGAGAGGAGCACAGGAGGAGCACAGGAGAGGAGCACAGGAGGAGCAGGAGAGACAGGAGAGGAGCACAGGAGGAGCACAGGAGAGGAGGAGCACAGGAGAGGAGCACAGGAGAGGAGCACAGGAGAGGAGCACAGGAGGAGCACAGGAGGAGCACAGGAGAGGGCACAGGAGGAGCACAGGAGAGGAGCACAGGAGGAGCACAGGAGAGGAGCACAGGAGAGGAGCACAGGAGAGGAGCACAGGCACGGAGAGGAGCACAGGAGAGGAGCACAGGAGGAGCAAGGAGGAGCACAGGAGAGGGGCACAGGAGGAGCACAGGAGAGGAGCACAGGAGAGGAGCACAGGAGGAGCACAGGAGGAGCACAGGAGAGGAACACAGGAGAGGAGCACAGGAGGAGCACAGGAGAGGAGCACAGGAGGAGCACCAGGAGAGGAGCACAGGAGAGGAGCAUAGGAGGAGCACAGGAGCGGAGCACAGGAGGAGAGGAGCACAGGAGAGGAGCACAGGAGGAGCAUAGGAGGAGCACAGGAGAGGAGCACAGGAGAGCACGAGCACAGGAGAGGAGCACAGGAGAGGAGCACAGGAGAGAGGAGGAGCACAGGAGAGGGGCACAGGAGAGGAGCACAGGAGAGGAGCACAGGAGAGAAGCAGGGGAGAGGAGUACAGGAGAGGAGCACAGGAGAGGAGCACAGGAGAGGAGCACAGGAGAGGAGCACAGGAGAGGAGCACAGGAGAGGAGCACAGGAGAGGAGCACAGGAGGAGCACAGGAGAGGAGCACAGGAGAGGAGCACAGGAGAGGAGCACAGGAGAGGAGCACAGGAGAGGAGCACAGGAGAGGAGCACAGGAGGAGCACAGGAGGAGCACAGGAGAGGAGCACAGGAGGAGCACAGGAGGAGUACAGGAGAGGAGCACAGGAGAGGAGCACAGGAGAGGAGCACAGGAGAGGAGCACAGGAGAGGAGCACAGGAGAGGAGCAGGGGAGAGGAGUACAGGAGAGGAGCACAGGAGAGGAGCACAGGAGAGGAGCACAGGAGAGGAGCACAGGAGAGGAGCACAGGAGAGGAGCACAGGAGAGGAGCACAGGAGGAGCACAGGAGGAGCACAGGAGAGAGCACAGGAGGAGCACAGGAGGAGCACAGGAGGAGGAGACAGGAGAGGAGCACAGGAGAGGAGCACAGGAGAGGAGCACAGGAGAGGAGCACAGGAGAGGAGCACAGGAGAGGAGCACAGGAGAGGAGCACAGGAGAGGAGCAGGGGAGGGAGAGAGGAGCAGGGGAGAGGAGUACAGGAGAGGAGCACAGGAGAGGAGCACAGGAGAGGAGCAGGGGAGAGGAGUACAGGAGAGGAGCACAGGAGAGGAGCACAGGAGAGGAGCACAGGAGAGAAGCAGGGGAGAGGAGUACAGGAGAGGAGCACAGGAGAGGAGCACAGGAGAGGAGCACAGGAGGAGCACAGGAGGAGCACAGGAGAGGAGCACAGGAGAGGAGCACAGGAGAGGAGCACAGGAGGAGCACAGGAGAGGAGCACAGGAGAGGAGCACAGGAGAGGAGCACAGGAGGAGCACAGGAGAGGAGCACAGGAGAGGAGCACAGGAGAGGAGCACAGGAGGAGGAGCAGGGGAGAGGAGCACAGGAGAGGAGCACAGGAGAGGAGCACAGGAGAGGAGCACAGGAGAGGAGCACAGGAGGAGCACAGGAGAGGAGCACAGGAGAGGAGCACAGGAGGAGCACAGGAGAGGAGCACAGGAGAGGAGCACAGGAGAGGAGCACAGGAGAGGAGCAGGGGAGAGGAGCACAGGAGAGGAGCACAGGAGGAGCACAGGAGAGGAGCACAGGAGAGGAGCAUAGGAGAAGCACAGGAGAGGAGCACAGGAGAGGAGCACAGGAGGAGCAUAGGAGGAGCACAGGAGAGGAGCACAGGAGAGGAGCACAGGAGGAGCAUAGGAGGAGCACAGGAGAGGGGCACAGGAGGAGCACAGGAGAGGAGCACAGGAGGAGCACAGGAGAGGAGCACCGGAGAGGAGCACAGGAGAGGAGCACCGGAGAGGAGCACAGGAGGAGCAUAGGAGGAGCACAGGAGAGGGGCACAGGAGAGGAGCACAGGAGAGGAGCACAGGAGGAGCACAGGAGGAGCACAGGAGAGGAACACAGGAGAGGAGCACAGGAGGAGCACAGGAGAGGAGAACAGGAGGAGCACAGGAGAGGAGCACAGGAGAGGAGCAUAGGAGGAGCACAGGAGAGGAGCACAGGAGAGGAGCAUAGGAGGAGCACAGGAGAGGAGCACAGGAGAGGAGCACAGGAGGAGCAUAGGAGGAGCACAGGAGAGGAGCACAGGAGAGAGGAGCACAGGAGAGGAGCACAGGAGAGGAGCACAGGAGAGGAGCACAGGAGAGGGGCACAGGAGAGGGGCACAGGAGAGGAGCACAGGAGAGGAGCACAGGAGAGGAGCACAGGAGAGGAGCACAGGAGAGGAGCACAGGAGGAGCACAGGAGGAGCACAGGAGGAGUACAGGAGAGGAGCACAGGAGAGGAGCACAGGAGAGGAGCACAGGAGAGGAGCACAGGAGAGGAGCACAGGAGAGGAGCAGGGGAGAGGAGCACAGGAGAGGAGCACAGGAGAGGAGCACAGGAGAGGAGCACAGGAGAGGAGCAGGGGAGAGGAGUACAGGAGAGGAGCACAGGAGAGGAGCACAGGAGAGGAGCACAGGAGAGGAGCACAGGAGAGGAGCACAGGAGGAGCACAGGAGGAGCACAGGAGAGGAGCACAGGAGGAGCACAGGAGGAGUACAGGAGAGGAGCACAGGAGAGGAGAGGAGCACAGGAGGGGAGGAGGCACAGGAGAGGAGCACAGGAGAGGAGCACAGGAGAGGAGCACAGGAGAGGAGCAGGGGAGAGGAGUACAGGAGAGGAGCACAGGAGAGGAGCACAGGAGAGGAGCACAGGAGAAGAGCACAGGAGAGGAGCACAGGAGAGGAGCACAGGAGAGGAGCAGGGGAGAGGAGUACAGGAGAGGAGCACAGGAGAGGAGCACAGGAGAGGAGCAGGGGAGAGGAGUACAGGAGAGGAGCACAGGAGAGGAGCACAGGAGAGGAGCACAGGAGAGAAGCAGGGGAGAGGAGUACAGGAGGAGCACAGGAGAGGAGCACAGGAGAGGAGCACAGGAGGGAGCACAGGAGAGGAGCACAGGAGAGGAGCACAGGAGAGGAGCACAGGAGAGGAGCACAGGAGAGGAGCACAGGAGAGGAGCACAGGAGAGGAGCACAGGAGAGGAGCACAGGAGAGGAGGACACAGGAGAGGAGCACAGGAGAGGAGCACAGGAGAGGAGCACAGGAGGGCACAGGAGAGGAGCACAGGAGAGGAGCACAGGAGAGAGCACAGAGGAGCACAGGAGAGGAGCACAGGAGAGAGGAGCACAGGAGAGGAGCACAGGAGAGGAGCACAGGAGAGAGCACAGGAGGGAGAGAGAGAGUAGGACAGGAGAGGAGAGACACAGGAGAGGAGCACAGGAGAGGAGCACAGGAGGAGCACAGGAGGAGCACAGGAGCACAGGAGAGGAGCACAGGAGAGGAGCACAGGAGGAGCACAGGAGAGGAGCACAGGAGAGAGGAGCAGGGGAGAGGAGCACAGGAGAGGAGCACAGGAGAGGAGCACAGGAGAGGAGCACAGGAGGAGCACAGGAGAGGAGCACAGGAGAGGAGCACAGGAGGAGCACAGGAGAGGAGCACAGGAGAGGAGCACAGGAGAGGAGCACAGGAGAGGAGCAGGAGGAGAGAGGGAGGAGCACAGAGAGCACAGGAGAGGAGCACAGGAGAGGAGCAUAGGAGAAGCACAGGAGAGGAGCACAGGAGAGGAGCACAGGAGGAGCAUAGGAGGAGCACAGGAGAGGAGCACAGGAGAGGAGCACAGGAGGAGCAUAGGAGGAGCACAGGAGAGGGCACAGGAGAGGAGCACAGGAGAGGAGCACAGGAGGAGCACAGGAGAGGAGCCGGGAGAGGAGCACAGGAGAGGAGCACAGGAGAGAGAGCACAGGAGGAGCAUAGGAGGAGCACAGGAGAGGGGCACAGGAGGAGCACAGGAGAGGAGCACAGGAGAGGAGCACAGGAGGAGCACAGGAGAGGAGCACAGGAGGAGCACAGGAGGAGCACAGGAGAGGAACACAGGAGAGGAGCACAGGAGGAGCACAGGAGAGGAGCACAGGAGGAGCACAGGAGAGGAGCACAGGAGAGGAGCAUAGGAGGAGCACAGGAGAGGAGCACAGGAGAGGAGCAUAGGAGGAGCACAGGAGAGGAGCACAGGAGAGGAGCACAGGAGGAGCAUAGGAGGAGCACAGGAGCACAGGAGAGGAGCACAGGAGAGGACAAGGAGGAGCACAGGAGAGGAGCACAGGAGAGGAGCACAGGAGAGGAGCACAGGAGAGGAGCACAGGAGAGGGGCACAGGAGAGGAGCACAGGAGAGGAGCACAGGAGAGGAGCACAGGAGCACAGGAGAGGAGCACAGGAGAGGAGCACAGGAGGGAGCACAGGAGGGCAGGACAGGAGAGGAGCACAGGAGAGAGCAGGAGCACAGGAGGAGUACAGGAGAGGAGCACAGGAGAGGAGCACAGGAGAGGGGCACAGGAGAGGAGGAGGCACAGGAGAGGAGCACAGGAGAGGAGGAGAGUACAGGAGAGGAGCACAGGAGAGAGCACAGGAGAGGAGCACAGGAGAGAGCACAGAGACAGGAGAGAGCAGGGAGAGGAGCACAGGAGAGGAGCACAGGAGGAGCACAGGAGAGGAGCACAGGAGAGGAGCACAGGAGAGGAGCACAGGAGAGGAGCACAGGAGAGGAGCACAGGAGAGGAGCACAGGAGAGGAGCACAGGAGGAGCACAGGAGAGGAGCACAGGAGAGGAGCACAGGAGAGGAGCACAGGAGAGGAGCACAGGAGGAGCACAGGAGAGGAGCACAGGAGAGGAGCACAGGAGAGGGCACAGGAGCACAGGAGAGGAGCACAAGGAGCACAGGAGGGAGCACAGGAGAGGAGCACAGGAGAGGAGCACAGGAGAGGAGCACAGGAGAGGAGCACAGGAGGAGCACAGGAGAGGAGAGCACAGGAGAGGAGCACAGGAGGAGCACAGGAGAGGAGCACAGGAGAGGAGCACAGGAGAGGAGCAGGGGAGAGGAGCACAGGAGAGGAGCACAGGAGGAGCACAGGAGAGGAGCAGGGGAGAGGAGCACAGGAGAGGAGCACAGGAGAGGAGCACAGGAGAGGAGCACAGGAGAGGAGCACAGGAGGAGCACAGGAGAGGAGCAGGGGAGAGGAGCACAGGAGAGGAGCACAGGAGAGGAGCACAGGAGGAGCACAGGUUCGUAUAAACCAUAG